CUUUACAGCGCUCAGAUGGCCAACAUUAAUCUUUGCCGAAUGUCACACUAUGCAAAGAGCAAAGUUUGAAUACCACCUCAAUCUUGCCUCCGCAUGGCUACGACGAGGAAUUCUCUUCUUUUCAUUCUCGUCUGGUGAUGACCAUGACGAAGAACCGCUUGAGGAUACUUAUUAUCGGAAUGAAGGGGAUCCACCAAGCCGGUCAGAAAAGGAGUUCCAGCGAUAUCGAUAUGGAUUUUAUAGACUAUUUGCGGAGAUCACAAAGAAGGGCGAGUCGAAAUCAUAUCGCGCGCCCGAUACGAUAGAUGAAAGAGAAGACUUUGGUAGAUUUCUGGACAGAAUAAAGUUUAACGCCCAGAUUUCCUACGGACCUAUUACCUUCCUUCUUCAUCUCUACCUCCUCUACACUUACACAACUCGCACCAUCUUUUGCCCCUCCUCAAAAUACCUAUCCUUCAACCCAAACGCCGAAUGCCCACCACAUACUGUCACGUUCCUCGAUCACGUUUACGCCAUUUUGUUCGCCUUCUACACGGCAACAUUUAUAGCACAUUUCGUUUAUCCAGCAAUGGAACGCAUACUCCUUCUCUACGGGGUAUAUAUUGUGAAUGGGGCAGUAUGGACCGCGUGGUGGUUUUUGUCGGCCGAUGCGAUAGACAGAGCAAGGUGGAAAGGGAGAGGUGCAACGCGACCUGAUGGCGGAGUUGGGACGUGGACGACACUGUGGGUGCCGAUUCUUCAUUGGUGGCUUUUUCUCAUUGCCCGCAGGCGGGUAUUGGGCUUGAUUCACUGGGAACAUGAAAAUUGGCUGAUGCGAACGGACAGAUCAAUCGCGGAACGGGGCGUCAAAUCUCAAUUGUCACAUUACUUUUGCUACCAAUUGUGGGCAUAUCUUUCUUCAGCGCUCCCAAUACUCACAUGGGACUGGCUGAUAAAGCCACAAGGGCCGUUUGCAUGGCAAUCCACAGACUUGCCCAAUUGGCCGGGUUCCUUCAAGGUGACGAUGUUGGCAGCAAUCAGCACUUGGGGCCUGAAGAUUUUCUUCAGCUUCCUUCAUUUCCAAUGCUCUUGUGUGGCAUGGACUGAACCUUUUCGGAGGGGACUGAUAAUUAAUGCUUUUGAAGGAGAACUGAGAGUCGGUAUAAUUUAUUGAUUUAGGCACGCUGCUGUGACUUUGCAAACAACUAGCCUGCCCAUGUGACGUUGGGUCGCUCUAAGUAUAUAAAGAUUCCACCUAGCUAGCAUAGCAACGAUAGAUAGUAGCGACAGAGUUACUAGUGAUACAGCGAAGCUGCUAUUGCUGGAUAUGUACGUGUAGAGUCCAGAUUUCCAUACACCGAUUUAUACACGUAUGGUGUCAGGCACAACUCCAAUAGC